AUGCUCCUACGAGAGUGGGCCCCGCAGGCCGCGAUACUGGCCCAUCCGGCCGUGGGGGCGUUCCUGACGCACUGCGGGGCGAGCUCGCUGCUGGAGGUGGCGUCCGCCGACGUGCCGAUGCUGACAUGGCCGUUGGUGUGCGACCAGUUCAUCGGGGAGAGGCUGGUCACGGACGUUCUCAGGAUCGACGAGAGGGUGUGGAUCGGGUUGCAAAGCACGUGGGACGACGAGAAGAAGACGGUGCCGGCGGAGGCGGUGGCGUGUGCCGUGGCGAGAUUCUUGGAGCCUGGAGGGACGGGGGAGGUGGCAAGGGGCAGAGCGCUGGAGCUCGCCGCCAAGGCUAACGCGGCCGUGGCGGAAGGAGGCCGUGACCGCCAUCCCACCGUCGACCGCCGGGAUUAUCACCUACUCUGCCGCCGCAGCCCGAAGGUGGGAGGCGGAGGUGGAUGA